UUAAUAAGAUUUAUUAAUUAAAAAAUAAAUCAAUUUAUUUUAGAGUGAAGCAAAGUUUUUUAAUUAUUCCGGAAUUUUUUAUUCCGGACAUUUGUACAGUUUUGGUUUACGUUUAACAAACUUCCUUUUUGAAAAAGGCAGCAACCGGGAUGCACAUGAAAUAGUUGUGAGAAAAAUAUUUUCAAAUAAGUGAAUCUUUUGUACAAAAUAUCGUGCGAGAUUAUUGAAACUGGUUCGAGUAACAAUUUACAGUCGCAAUAUUUACGUCGAUAGUCGAAAAAAAUAAAGGAUUAAGUCGAUGUUGGUGGAUUUCUGUUGGCCUGACGUUAGCGUGCGCACAUCAUGCCGAAAGUAAAGAAGUGUAACCGGAUUGCAGAGCGGAGAGAAGGUCCGACAAAAAAUCAACAGCAGUCAAAAGCAAAGAGGGGGCAAUCUGUAAACAGGGACACUUCGGAGACAGUUGAGAAAUCCCCGGAGGUUGACCAUGUGGUUGGAAACCCAAAACCUUGCCCGGAAUCAGUUUCAUCACUUCCAUCAGCUAGCACAGUGGGCAGACUUGAACCCAGAGACCAUUCCAGACGAAUUUCUAGCAAUGAUGUCAGAGAUGAAGUGAACAAAUUAUUACAACUAGCAACAGCACAAAAUACACAAGAGACAUACAGACAAGGGUUGACAUGUUUUGAGGAAUUUCGUGAUACUAUCAGCCUUGAAAGGCUUUGGCCCCUUCCUUUAGAGCAAAUUAUACAAUUUGUUGGUUACAUGUCAGCAAGAGGGUUGGGAGAAUCUACAGCAAAGACCUAUCUGUCUGGAAUUUCAUACUAUCUCAAGUUGUAUAAUUACACAGAUGUGACUCAAAAUUUCAUAGUCAGAAAAUUAUUAGAAGGUUGUAGAAGAAAGGCUAAGUCUAAAGAUAUCAGAUUACCAAUAACAUUAAACAUUUUGGAGAGCAUUUUGAAAUCAUUGCCAAUUGUCUGCAAUGAUAUUUAUGAAGCAAAACUUUUUGCAGCUGCUUAUAGUUUAGCUUUUUUUGGAUAUUUUAGGGUAGGUGAGAUAACUGAGGGGAAAAAACAAGCUGUAGGUCAUGCAGUCCAAUUUAAAAACCUGGAGUUGUCAUCAGAUAAAUCUUUAAUGAAAUUAUAUCUGGAACACUCCAAAGCUGAUCAAAGGGGAAAGGGGGAAAUGGUUAUUAUUCAGAAUGUUCAAUCAUUAACUAGCAUAAAGCCAGUUUAUAUUAUGGCAGAAUUUUUAAAAGUUAGACCCAUUAGACAAGGCAACUUGUUUUGCCACUUUGGGGGUCAGCCGCUUACUCGUUUUCAGUUUACAUCGGUGUUGAGCAAAGUAUUGAAAACAAUUGGCAUUGAUAGCACUAAGUACAAAUCCCAUUCUUUUCGAAUAGGUGCGGCUACCAAUGCAGCCAAAUUGGGCUUGUCAGAUGAUGAAAUCUGUAAAGCUGAAAUUGAAGCUUGGUUUGUGGGUUCUUCUAUAGUGAAAAGAGCAUUUGUUGCAGCCAGAGAUAGGCCAGGUGGAGUGUCCUUGGGUCUUCAGAGGUUAGGGAUAAAUAUGUGGUGGCAAGGAAAAGGGGGUAUGAUCUGGACAGACAUGUAUAAAAAAAUUAAAACUUUGUUGAAAGUUAAUGACAAACCCCAGUAUUUGAUAAUGCAUUGUGCUGCAAAUGACAUGGGCAAAACAAAGUUGAAAGAGUUAAUUGAGAAUGUCAAAACCACUUUAGGGAAAAUUCAGCUACUUCUGCCUGAUACAAAAAUUAUAUGGUCACAAUUGUUACCUAGGAGGAAAUGGAGAUACUCUGAAGAUGUCAAUGCCAUGAACAAAUCUUUAAAAAGGUUAAACAGCUCCAUUGCAGCUGAGCUUGUUAGAAAGGGGGGUGGCUACAUUAAGUACCCAGAUAUUAAACCCAAUGAUGAGCUGUUGUUUGACAGGGAUGGUGUUCAUUUGUCUGAAAAAGGAACCGAAAUAUUUUUAAAUACAAUUUGUGCUGCUAUUGAACAAUUUAGCAAAACUGGGAUACUUGUUUAUCCCAAACUCUACUAGUUUUGAACCAAGUUUAUUGUUCAU